AUGGAUCAGGAUGAAACGCUCUUUUGCACAUACUGCAGCAAAGAUGAAAGUCCCUUUCAAUGCGCAGCCUGCAAAUCAAGAUACUGCUCAAGAAAGUGUCAGGAGCUGAGCUGGCCUUCGCAUAGAAAAGUCUGCCAAAAGAUUGGAAAAUUCUCGCCCAACCACAAAUGCGACCACUGCGCGACUAUUCAUUUGAAAGUCCGUAAAAAGAAAACUGAAAUUCAAUGUUGUCCAAAAAUGGCGUGGGAAAGUCUUGAACACAAAAUUGCGAGGAUUACACGGACGGAGAAGAAAUCGAUGAAAGUUAUCCUCAAUGGCAAAGUUGUUACUGCCGAAAACUAUGUCGAAAUGCUCGAAAAGAAAAAAGGAGAGCAAUCAGAAGCAAAAGGAAUGGUCCUCGGAACAGAAACGCUUGAAAAAGGCGAUCUACGAGAAGAAGACAUAACUCAUUUGAUGGGAAUCACUGGAGUUAGUCGAAACGACGCCAUAAAAUCUCUUCAAGAAAACAGAUCUCCUGUCGACGCCCUGAUCAAUCUUACUGGCUCAAAAUAA